AUGAAUAGAAGUAUAUCUCUCCCAGAAUAUAGAAAGCUGAUGGAUUCCUCACAAGGUCUCAAGAGUCUUAAACAAAUCAAAACCUCAACCACUAAAGAUGAUCCAAGAUUUAAGGAAGAGGACCAACCUUUGAGCCCUAUGGCUCGGUUGUUCCAUGAACCUGGUUCCAAUGUCUAUAUCAUAUCCAUGUUGGGGUGCAAAACCAAGAUCAAACCCGAUGUUAUCAAGCAAAAUUUGGUUCAUUCUCUACUCCGCCACCCUCGAUUCUCGAGCCUGCAGGUUACAGAUAAAGAAACUGGAAACAUCAAAUGGGUUCCAACAAAUGUGAACAUCAACAACCAUGUUAUAGUCCCAGAAAUCGAUCCAAACAUCGAGUUUCCCGACAAGUUUGUUGAAGACUAUAUAUCAAACCUCAGCAGAUCUUCAAUCGACAGGUCUCAACCUUUAUGGGAUCUCCACCUUCUUGACAUCAAGACGACUGAUGCUGAAGGAACCGGAGUUUUUCGUUUCCACCACUCUUUAGGCGACGGUUUGUCUUUAAUGACGCUUUUGCUCGCCUGUACACGCCAAGCGUCCGAUACUGACGCCUUGCCGACACUUCCGGUGUACAAACAUUCAACAUAUAUCAAAGUUACUAGUUUUUGGUCGGUUUUGGUAAUGCUUUGGAACUCCAUUGUGGCAAUGAUGAUGUUUGUGUGCACUGGGCUGUUUCUUAAAGAUACUGAAACGCCACUAAAAGGAUCCAUAGGCGUUGAGAAUAGACCAAGACGUUUUGUUCGCAAGAGUGUCAGCUUAGCCGAUGUUAAGGUGGUGAAGAAUGCCAUGAAUGUGACAUUGAACGACGUCGUACUCGGAGUCACUCAGGCAGGUUUAUCUCGCUACUUGAACCGUAGAUACAGUGAAAUCGCGGGUGUUAAUAAGACAAAUCAUCAUGAUAAAAAAGACUUUAUUCCGAAAGACAUUCGGCUUCGUGCUACAUUCUUUUUCAACCUAAGAGCAACCACCAGGAUCCACACUCUAGUUGACUCGAUGAAAGCCGGAACUUUGGGUCAUUGGGGCAACAAGAUAGGUUACGUGCUUCUCCCGUUUGCAAUCGGACUCCGAAGCAACCCAUUAGACUAUGUGAAAGAAACCAAGGCAGUCAUCGAUAAAAAGAAAGCCUCAUUGGAACCUUUGUUCGCCUAUUUCGUCGUUGACCUCGUCCUCAAGUUGUUCGGAAUUAAGGCUGUAGGGAAGCUACAUCACAAGUUGUUCUUUAAUACAACCUUGUGGUUCAGCAAUGUGCCUGGACCAGAACAAGAAGUCACAUUUUUUGGGCAUGAUGCAACUUAUAUUGCUCCAAGUUGUUAUGGACAACCUAAUGCGUUGAUGAUCCAUAUAGUGAGUUAUGUCGAUAAAUUGACGUUUGUGAUAUCGGCCGACGAAGAAACCAUACCAGACCCUCAUAGGCUGGGUGAUGAUCUUGAGGAAUCCCUUCAACUAAUCAAGGCUUCUGCUCUAGCAAAAGAGGGCAACAAAAACAAGUGAUAAAAGAACAGAGAAUAGAUUAUGACGUUUGGAUCACAUCUAUAAUGUAUUUUUGUCUGAAAUUAGU